AAAGCCCUCUCCCCCUGUGCUGUGUACUCCAUUGAAGCAGCUAAGCUAGCUAUUCUUCUCCUCCCUUUGGAUUUCUCUGCUUUUUCUCACCUAGUCUCAUUUCACAGUGCCGCAGGUGGUAAGCCAGUUCUACACUUUUAGAGAGAGAAAGUGAAGGCAGGAGAGAGAAAAUGAGGAUAGAGAGCAGCGAAGAAGAAGAUGACUUCCCGUCAAUCGAGACCGUAACCCCUCAGUCCAAGAUCGACACCAUUUAUCAAUCCAACUCUGAGAAGGGAAUCAGAAAAAUUUCUUUUGAGCUUUUGGAACUGAAAGAUGCAGUGGAGAACAUGUGUGGGAAUUCACGCACUAAAUGCUUGGCCUUCUUGAGGUUAUCAGAAGAAGUGGUGGAAAUGAAUCAUGAGUUGAAUGAGUUAAGAAAACAUAUUUCUGCCCAGGGUAUUCUUGUCCAAGAUUUGAUUAAUGGUGCAUGUCAAGAAUUAAGUUUAUGGAGCCAAGCUAAUGCUAAUGUUCUUGAAACUCAAGAAAGUGAAUUAGGAGAUAAUUGCUUAAUAGAUGCAUCAGAAGAUGACCAUUUGUCAUUUUUGGAAAGUAUUGAUAUUCUUCUGGCUGAGCACAAAAUUGAAGAAGCAAUAGAGGCAAUAGAUGCUGAAGAGAAAAGUCACCCAGAGAUGAGAAGUGUGGGAGAGACUUCGCCUACAGAACCAUCAGCUUAUAGGUCUGCUUUGUCUAAAAGAAAAGCAAUGCUUGAGAAGCAGCUUGUUGAGAUCACCGAGAGACCUUCUAUUGCUGUCGUUGAGCUCAAAAGGGCUUUGUCUGGUUUGUUAAAGUUGGGGAAAGGUCCUUUGGCACACCAGCUACUUGUCAAGUCAAUUAGACUUCGCCUUCAGAAAAAAAUUGAAGCUUUCCUUCCACUGUGUUCUUGUUAUCCUGAAACAUACUCAGCCACUUUGUCUAACCUUGUAUUCUCUACUAUUUUAUUGGUGGCUAAGGAAUCGAGUUCAAUGUUUGGUGAUAAUCCUCUUUAUAGUAACAGAAUUAUUCAAUGGGCAGAAACGGAAAUUGAAUCUUUUGUAAGGUUGGUUAAAGAGCAUGCACCCGUUUCUGAGACAGCUCCUGCUUUACGUGCAGCAAGUUUUUGUGCUCAGACUAGUCUUAACCACUGCUAUGCCUUGGAACAGCAUGGCCUAAAACUCUCCAAGCUGCUCUUGGUUCUUUUGCAACCAUAUAUUGAAGAAGUUCUUGAGCUGAAUUUCAUACGAGCUAGAAGAGCAAUUCUCCAUUUUGCUGAAGAUGAGGAUAUAAUGCUGUCACCUCGUUUUGCAUCUCCAUUAUCUACUUUUGCCACACCAUCUGGUAGGCUGCUUGUUGAAAGUGGCAUGAGAUUCAUAUAUGUUGUCAAAGAAAUAGUUGAACGCCUAACCCAGUUAGUAAUUCUGCACUUUGGAGCUAAUAUAUUGAUGAGAAUUUCACUGCUUUUUGACAAGUAUGUGGAUGCUUUGAUCAAAGCCUUACCUGGCCUUUCUGAAGAUGACAACCUCACAGAGCUUAAAGAGUCUGUACCUUUUAGAGUUGAAACUGAUUCUGAGCAGCUAGCAUUGUUGGGGACUGCUUUUACCAUUUCUGAGGAAUUAUUGCCAAUGGUUGUCUCCAGAAUUUGGAAUGUACUCACUGAAAGCAAAGAAGCAGAUAGUGGGAUUUCUGAAGUUAUAACACCUUCCUCAAAUAAUACUGUAGAGGUUAAGGAGUGGAGGCGCCAUCUUCAGCACUCACUUGACAAACUCAGGGAUAGUUUCUGUCGACAAUAUAUUGUGAACUUCAUCUACUCUAGAGAUGGUGAUGCACGAUUGGAUGCACAAAUUUAUUUAAGCGGGACAGGGGAAGAUCUGGCGUCAGAGUCCGAACCUCUUCCUUCUUUGCCAUUCCAGGCUCUAUUUGGGAAGUUGCAGCAGUUAGCAACCGUGGCUGGUGAUGUUCUACUUGGUAGGGAGAAAAUACAGAAGGUUUUGCUUGCCAGGUUGACUGAAACUGUGGUCAUGUGGUUGUAUAAUGAGCAAGAUUUUUGGAGUAUUCUGGAGGAUGAGUCUGCUUCUCUUACACAACAUGGACUGCAACAGUUAAUGCUAGAUAUGCACUUCACUGUAGAGAUUGCAAGAUUUGCUGGUUAUCCAUCCAGGCAUGUGCAUCAAAUAGCAUCCGAUAUAAUGUCUCGUGCAAUCAGGACAUUUUCGGCUAGGGGCGUUGUGCAAAGUGCCCUGCCAGAGGAUGAAUGGUUUGUGGAAACUGCAAAAAGAGCAAUAAACAAGCUUCUGUUGGGUGGGUCUGGAUCAGAUACGUCCGAGAUUUACGACGAAGAACAUAUAAUUCACGACGAGUUUAUCGACUCCGGCUCACCUUCUUCGCUCUCGUCUCUGGAAAGUUCCGAGUCUUUUGCUUCAGCGCAUUCAGGCGAUUUUGGUAGCCCAAGUUUCACUGAUUCUGAGAACUGAGUCUUGAUUGUUGGUAGGUAAGGUACCUUUGAAUGUCAUAGAUAUGAUGUUGUAAUGUUAUAAAAGAGGGUAGGGCAAAUGAUGUAGAGAGAUUGUUUGUUUUGCAACUAUGUAAUUCAACAGGAACUUCUAUUUUUUUUUUAAAUAUAAAAAUAUAUUCAUCCCUUUCUAAA